AUGCCGCGCUGCCGAAGAAGCCCCAUGCCGUUUGCAUCCCAUUCCCAGCUCAGACCCACAUCAAGGCCACUCUCAAGCUCGCCAAGCUGCUCCACAACAGAGGCUUCCACAUCACUUACGUCAACACCGAAUUCAACCACAACCGUUUCCUCCACACCAGAGGUCCCCACACCCUCGACGGCCUCCCCGACUUCCGGUUCGCCACCAUCCCCGACGGACUCCCACCGUCGCGUCCCGACGCCACCCAGGACAUUGCGGCGCUCUGCAACUCCAUCCGCAAAUUCAUGCCCGCUCCCUUCAGUCCUCCUCGCCGAACUCCACAACGACAGCAACCCUCCGGUGAGCUGCGUGAUUAAUGUGGAUUGA